AGCUCGGAUGAGGAAGAAACGACCAGAGAUGGAGCGGAGGAAGAGGAGGGAGCGACGAUGUGGAGAGGAAGAGGAGGAGAAAAGAAGAGACGUUAAAAAACUGCAGAUUGAUCACGAAGCGAAAGAAGAACUGGAAGAAAAUUAGAACAAAUAUUUUAUUUAACAAGAAUUAGAAGCAAGCAGCUCUUCUUUCACCAGCAUAGGAAAGGAUGAAGGUAUGAGGAUGACUCCAAAUGCUCAGGAGUCCGUCAGGUGCGGCGCGUCGUCCUGCAGCUGCGCCUGUUUUAAACCCGGAAAGGUCAAACUCAGGUCAUGUGAUCGCUGUGGACACGGCUGGGUGGAGCACGCUCUGGAGAAGGUCCAGGCCCGGCCGGCGUCCGGCUCCGGCCCGGUGGAGGUGGCCCUGCCGGGGCCGGUGUUUGACCUGAGCUCCCUGGUUCUGUUCGGAGCUCAGGCCGUUCCCGUCCAGCUGAAGAUCUUACUGGACCGACUCUACAGCGUCCUGCCUCCAGAGCAGGUGGGUCAGAUUCUGAACAGUCUGGGCUGGAGUUUGGGAGAUUACGUCCGAGGAUACAUGCUGCAGGUAAACCCAACUAGUCCAGUUAAAUCUUCUGAAAAUGGACACAAAGUUCUCACUUUUUAUCAGACAAGUUAUUUAAAACGUCCAGAAACGUUUCUUGAUCCGCUUUGUAAACUAAAUGAAACCAAAGCAGUAUACUUUAUUCACAACUUGAUUGUAAAACAUCGUUUCUCUGUCCAGAUCCUCAAAGGAUCGACUGAUCCAGGCUUUAUGAGAUCAAGUCCGUCAUUUAAAGUGACAGGUUUCAUUUCCAGAGUUGAAUCUGAGCUGUUGUUCCUGCAGCGUCCUGAUGGGGGCGUGUUGGAGCGCUGGGACACGGCCACGCCCCGGGAGCAGCUGCUGCUCCUCAGACAGUUCCUGCGCUUCGGAGAGACUCGGCCCAUAGUGGAGGUGAUGAUCCUGCAGCACCUGGAGGGUGAAGAGAUCCAGCCUGACCAGCAGCCAAACGCUCCGGUGAAAAACAUCCAGUCGGGUUCGAAUAACCGAGCGUCCGGUUUGAGACUCGGUUCUCUGAGAGACGGCCGGCUGGCGGAGAGCAACGCCGCCUCAGGAAACGGCCCAGCAGGACAGUCAGCGCUCCUGCCUUUCCACUUUCCACAAUCAGGCGUCUACCGUUCAGCAAAGGAAACAUUUCCUUCCACUGAGCUGCAAAACGUCCUGCAGGAUUUCAGGAAGAACAAACUGGUUCAGAAACACGACAGACAUCGAUGUGAGGAAGACGACGACUCUGAACGGCAGAGAUCAGAACCGGCCUUGGCCAUAAAAACCGACCCGGACAAGCCAAAUCCGUCACCGUGGCAACAGAACCCCAUCCUCCACCAGGACCGGGUUUUCCUCCAGAAGAGAUUCCUUUCUUCCUCUUCCUUCAACUUCUCACUUCCUCCUUCCUCCCUGGUGUGUUCUCCACUCCCCUCCUCUUCCUCCUCUCGCCUCCAACCUCCUCCAACGCUUCCCUCCUUCUCCUCCUCUUUCCUAAGACCUCUUCGCUCCUUUUCUUCCCCUCUCCUCCCUGUUACGUCGCCGUGUUCGUCCCUCCAUCCUCUCCCGUCUUCCCUUUGCUCCUUCCCUUCCCUCCUGGCCGCUGGGGGGCGGAAGGGCAGGGUCAGCUGUGGCGUCUGUGGGAAAAGCUUCUAUGACAAAGGAACCCUGAAGAUCCACUACAACGCCGUCCACCUGAAGAUCAAACACCGCUGCACCGUUCUGGGCUGCGCCAUGGUGUUCAGCUCCCUGCGCAGCCGCAACCGGCACAGCGCCAACCCGAACCCGCGGCUGCACACGGCCGGCAGCAGAGAGUCUCAGCCGUACCGAAACACGCUGAGUGGACAGAGCGGCCAAGAGAAACAGGAAACACAGGGAAGCAGGAACCAUGAUUCCUCUCACAGCCCGCCUCAGGAAGCCGCCUCCCCCGCUCCGCCUCUCAUCCCUCCAGCUCCACCCUCAGGGGGCAUCUGGCCCUCAGGGGGCAGCUGGCCCUCCGGGGGCAUCUGGCCCUCAGGGGGCUCCCCGUCUUCACUUACCAACCUGCAGACUGGUCAGCAGUGGUGGCGGGGGAAUCAGUCCUUACCACAGAAGAAGAAACCCAGGAAGUCGAGCAUGCCACUGAAAAUAGAAAGAGAGACAACUCAAAGCAGCAAACAUGAAGGCGAGAGCUGAAGAGCUGAAAGACUCUGAAAUAUUGUUUACAUUAAUAAAAAAGGGAGGAGGAGCUUCA